AUGACAAAACCCUCACGAGAGAUCCUUUUCCCAAACCCGGAACGCUACAGUAGUCAGACGGAUGCCAAGGUUUACGAACCCCAGCUUAACUAUCUUGUAGCCAAUGACCUGCCAGGCAAUUUUGGCACCAAUUUAUCGACUCCACGGAGGGAUGAAGAGCUUGGUUGGCACCGGGACGGUUCCGAACCAUCGAUGGAUCGUGCAGUCACAACGGAACCUCUUACCGACUACGCUACAUCCGCCCUCGGGACCACGGGGAACGCGCAAAUUCGUAAUGUUGCAAAGUGCGGCACGGUUCGAGCGCCGACACCUGCGCCGAUGAAAGCUCAAUCCCAUCGUCCAUGCACAGCUUAUUUAUUUAUGCGAGUAAUAUACGCGGCGCUUGGAUGUGUCACGGUCGGCGGCUCUUCGUCAUUGACACCGUUGGGCAUGGUUGAAUAA